AUGGACAAGUUCACUACGCUGGAACCCGUCCGGCUGUAUGCGCCUACAACUCCUACUGCAUCUGCCCCCCGGACUCUGAAGAAUGCACAACGCCUGCCGGGCACGCCCAUCAGGGGACCUCCUCCCUUCCAGCUCAUAGGACGCCUGCCAGCUGAUCUCCACAUCUUGACUCUUACCUAUCUGGCUGUACCCGAUUUCCCUGCCUACGCACUCUCGUCAAGAGCACUAGCGAACCUCGCAAAGGAUGAACGCGUCUGGGAGGCACGCUGGCGGAUGUUUGGCGUGGAGAGAAGCGGCCUAGGCGACGUCCUCGACGCGCUCGAGGAGAAGGCGAAAGCGCAGAAUGCUCUCGCCAAGGACCAAGGGCCCCCGACCCUAGCGGUGGACAUCGUUGACGAUGAGUUUGGCGAGUUCGCGGCCGUAAAUGCGCAAGUUGGCGAGAUGGGCGACUUCAUCGGUGCCUUCAGUAAUACAGUCAUCCAGAGCCCCGCGAUCCCCAACUUCGGCGCUGAGCCUCCUAAACCGACGUUCCGUGCGCGGUAUGUACGUGCACAUAACCUCUUGAAAGUUCUCUUGCCCGCUCUAUCUGCGCCCCCUCAUGCCGUUCUUUCUGCUCUGUUUGCAUCCCCUGUUCCGUCGCUGCGUCAACAAGCACAUAUACUUCGCCUGCUCUCAUACUUUCUGUCUGGGUCUGUGAAGCCAAUACGGCCGUGGGAGGCGCAAAGCGCAGCUCUGAGGGCAGCCAUCGACCGUUUCGAAGAUGCCCUUCUCACCGCCUUCGACACUGCCGACGGCAACAACAACGAGGACGCGAUGAGGGAGGCGGCAGAGGCGAGCUGGGAGGUGCGAGACCAGUCAGACGGGUCAUGGGAGCUGGGAGCAAUGUGGGCGGAGAAGCGGGAGAUCUUCUACGAGCAGAGCAGGUGGAGGGCACUCGACAACUUCACGUACGACGGGCAGCUCGACUUCGACGCCAUGGAUACGUUCAUGGGCACAGUCCUCUCCGCACUCAAGGAGCACGGCUCCAGAGCAGUGCGAGUGUUUCCCCCGGAGACGAAUGUCCUCAUCUCGUUCGCCGAUCGUCUCGCUUCAGAUGUGGUAGGCGAAUAUGUCUCGCCACUCCUGACGCGUGCACGCGAGGUUUCCAACGAGAUCUUUCUCAAGGCGGCUGCGGCAAGCUUCAAAGAGGCUUGGCGCAUGGUCGAUGUCAUCACCCAAAUCGCGGCUGAAAGGAGUGAUUCGAAUGUAUCAAAAGCACGAGCAGAAGACGUCGUCUAUCGUAUGUUCGAGCCCAACAUGGACGAAUAUUUGGACGAGGAAGUGGAUUUUGUCAAACACUGCUUCGAGGUGACAUGUGGUGGCUGGGAAAACCAGCUCUCCCAUCGUGCGACGGUGCCGAAGGCAUCGCCAGACCAUGUACGGUUUUUAGGCUCUCAAAACCCUGCGCAGGUCAAACGGAAUGUGCUGGCAUCGUUCACAGACGUCCUCCUAUUGCCAGUAACGAUUGUCCCUCGGACUGUUGGCAACGUUGGCAAGGCCGUCGGCGCUGCGUUCAACACCGGGAGCAAUGCGGCAGUCCAGGGUAUCUCCAUGUUAAACCCGCAGCGUUGGGGCGGUGGUGGCUUGGGAGGGACCUCGCAGCGCAGCUCGAAAGCUACGCGCCCGACUUCCGUGUCCUCGAGAACGUCCACACCAAGCCAGGGGAACAACACCUCACAAUUCGACACUCUCGAGCUGCUCUUGUCGCUGGACAUCGCCCUCGAGCUUAUACAUGCUGACCGAGAGUCCCUCAAACGCGCUGAGACGUUCUCAGGUUACCCAGGCCAAUAUGGACAUCGUGUGCGCGAUACGAUUGAAGAGAUAUUUGUAUUGCUUCUACAGGCGUUGAGCGAGCGACAUAUGCGCCCUGGGUUUGACGCCGCUACACAGCAGAUGAAGGCGUACCAGCCAGCCGAGCAUGAGGAAACUCGAAGCGUUGCUCCCUUGUUGCAAUUUUUCGAGCUCGUCCACGUCGGCGACAUGAUGCAGUCUAUGAUCCAAGUCUAUUUCGACAAAGAGCUGGUUCCCCAUAUCGAUCGUACCGAUUUCUUAAAUACAGGAGUACGCGAGAAGAAGCGCUUCGAAGACACACUCGACGAUUGUGUUGCGGCAGGGCUAAAUGCCGGCACUGAUGCUUUGAUGAACCAGGUGGAAUAUAUCAUUAACAAGUUUACGAAACCUCGUGAAUAUUACCCGUCCGAAGACGCCCCGCUUGAGCUUGGUCCUACUCAAGGCUGUACUGAAGCGAUCAAGUGCCUCAAGAUGCACUGUCAGCUCUUGAAGGGUAGCACAAGUAAGGAAGUUCUAGAGGUAUUCUAUCAAGAAAUUGGUUUACGCCUCAUCAGUAUCAUUCAGAAACACCUGAAGCGCCAGAUCAUCUCUCUCAAUGGAGGCUUCCAAGUGAUAGCCGACCUGAAUGAAUACCAUGGCUUCGUCUCAUCCCUCAAGGUCAGCAGUGUCACAUCCGAAUUUUCCUACCUUAAGAUGCUGGGGCAUGUCUACGUUGUGGAAGACGCGAAAGACUUGGCGCAAAUUGUGAGAGAUGUCACGCGCUAUGGCGGGGCAUACAAGCCGGAGGAUAUCUACGAGUAUAUCCAGAGGCGAGCGGAUUGGAAGAAGAUUGAGAAGACGGUUGAUAAGACCAUGUACAAUCUCAGCUUCAAAGAGGACUGCGCGAUUUGUUGAGACAAGGCAUGAUAAUGUCGUCGCUGUUUCAGCGCCCUGU